CCACCGCCCACGGACCGCCGCUGCGGCAGGGACCUCCCCUUUAACGGCGGCAACUCCACGCUCCGCUGACCCCAAAGCCGCUGCCGCUGCUAACAGCGGCUCCUGCUGCCUCAGCCGCCGGCCUCGGGCAGCUGCAUCCAUACCCCGGGCUGGGUCCCCGCCCCGCCAUGGUGUCCUGGAUCAUCUCUCGCCUGGUGGUGCUCAUCUUUGGCACCCUGUACCCAGCCUAUUCUUCCUACAAGGCCGUGAAGACCAAAAACGUGAAGGAAUACGUAAAAUGGAUGAUGUAUUGGAUAGUCUUCGCCUUCUUCACCACAGCUGAGACACUUACAGAUAUAAUACUGUCCUGGUUCCCCUUCUACUUUGAGCUCAAGAUUGCCUUUGUGAUAUGGCUGUUGUCCCCUUACACCAAGGGCUCCAGUGUCCUCUACCGCAAGUUCGUGCACCCAACACUGUCCAACAAGGAAAAGGAGAUCGACGAAUACAUCACACAAGCUCGAGACAAGAGCUAUGAGACGAUGAUGAGGGUGGGCAAGAGGGGCCUGAACCUGGCUGCCAAUGCUGCAGUCACAGCUGCUGCCAAGGGCCAGGGGGUGCUGUCGGAAAAGCUGCGGAGCUUCAGCAUGCAGGACCUGACUCUCAUUCGAGAUGAGGAUGCGUUACCGCUGCAGGGGCCAGAUGGCCGCCUCCAACCCGGCCCCGUGGGUCUCCUGGACACUAUUGAGGACUUAGGAGAUGAGCCUGCCCUAAGUCUAAGGUCUAGCACAAGCCAGCCAGAUCCCCGGACAGAGACCUCAGAAGAUGACCUGGGAGACAAGGCACCCAAGAGGACCAAACCUAUCAAAAAAGUACCCAGAGCUGAGCCGCCGGCUUCCAAGACACUGAAGACCCGGCCCAAGAAGAAGAGUUCUGGAGGGGGCGACUCAGCAUGAGAGGCUCGGCUCCCCGCACCCCUCCAUCUCUAGGACAAGCACGGAGAAGAGCUGCAGCCCUGGCCCCUCCAACAGUGAGCCACUAGCCCCAAGUGUUUCAGACCCGCAAACCCCCCAGGUGGCUGUCCCCAGCACCCCCUUCCCAUGAACAUGCCUCCGGAGGGGGCUUGGCAAAGAGGAGGUUGAGGACAGAGGUGAUGACUAAGCCCUUGAGGAGGUGGAGGCUCCGUGGCCAGCCAGCGCUGCUCUUUUUGCUGCUCCAGUCCCACGCUGCCCAUCCAGUGCCUUGCUGACCAUGGCCGUCCCCUCUCAGAGGCCUAACCUGCUUCCCCCACCCCCAGGGAGGGGACCUUGAGAAAGGGAAGAAACUGGGCAGGCCUGGGAGGAGGGUGUUCCUCAGGCGCAGCUAUGCAUGGAGACAAGGGCUUUGAAUAAGCAGCACGGCCAGGCCAGCAUUGCAGCUGGUAGGGCUGUGUAUUCUACCAAAAGAGAGGUGAGAUGCUAAGGGUGUGCGUGUUAGGGAGGUUGGGUGAGAGGGGUCACCUCCUCCCUACAUCAGCUCUGGUCUUUCUUCCUCUUUAUCCACCCCUGCUGGUCUCUGAACCUCAGAACUCAAGCCCUUGACAGAACGAGGCUCCCAGGGACUCCUCCCUACCCUUCCAUCCUUGAUCCCUUUUACACAUUCAUGCCCACGUAAGCUGGACUCCUCUGCUCCUAGGCUCCAUCACAGAGGGCCUGCCAAGAUGGCUCCUUUCCUCUCCUGUAAAGGGGAUGCAUCCCACCUUGCCAUGGGGUCCCCUUCCUGUGCCAAGCAAACCCUGGUCAGAACUAACCUGGACCCCACCCCUGGCGCUGGUCCUGCCAGCCUCAAUGGGGCCAAGUGGUACCUGUGCAGGGAAGGAGAUGCAGGAGCUGGGAGGCUCCCAACUCCACGGUGCCCACACUGGACCUUGGCACUGGAUGAGCCAAUAAACGAAACUCUGACACCUCCUUU